GCAAAGCUGCUCAAAAAAAGCCACGAGAUCCCUCUAAUGCAUUUUGCCACAUGCUCAUGUAAUGGACACAUCAAACGUGGAAGAAUUGAGAUGCAACAGGAGACAACGUCUUAUGAGGCACUCCUCCAGGGUCUUGAACAUCUCCAGCUGUGUCUGUACCCCACAGCAAAUGAAGCUCGAAUCCAGGAGCUCAACGAUGACCUUACACAGCUUCAGGAGAGAUGCACCUCUGUGACUAUGAGUAUAUCACACAGGAGUAAGUUGUUGGAGAUGCACUUGUAUCAGUUGGAGCAGUUUGAUCAGGCUCUUCUGACUGUGGCACAAAGGAGUGAAAACUUCCUGUCUGACCUGAGAAGUUCUCCCUCUGUUCAUAUUUCUGAUCUUGAGGCUGCAAUCACUAAAGUAAAGGAGCAUGAGGCAGAGCUGCAGAAAAACGCAUUGCUCACUGAAACCCUGAUUCAAAAAGAGUCCUCUCUGCUCCACCGCUCCACCCCAGAGGCUGAACAGCAGCUCCAGGCCUGGACAGAGGACUGUUUGCAACUCUUUAAUGAGUCCCAGCGUCUUUUGCUUGUCAGUAAAGAGUGCUUGACCAAAUUAAAGACUUUCCUUGUAAAACGUGAGGCAGCAUCUAAGGCUUUGUGCCACCUUAACGAGGCAGUAGAGGGGAGGGGGAGCUGGGACCACUCUAAGGCUGAAGCUCUGCACCGUGGGAUUGUGGAUGUUGCUAAAGACAUUGCCCGACUUGAGGCAGAGGCAGUUGGGUUGGAUGGGAUGCUAAGCAAGGCACACCUGCACCUAUGUGUUUCAGAAUCGACCAGAUCCAAAAACAUCAGUGAUCCUCAGGGUAGAACAUCCUGCAGAGGACUGGCAGUUGACCUCACGAUGGCUCUGGAGGAGGUACAGAGGGCUGUUGGAUGGAGGCAAAGUGAAGCAGAUGCUUUAGGGGCAUUGUGGUGCUCCUUUAGAGAGAGAAAAGAAGAAGUGAUGAUGAACCUGAAUAAAAUAGAAGAUGAUGCAAGACGAGAGGAGGCCAAAGAGUGCUCUGUACAGGCCUUUCAAAACAGGCUGCGUUUCUUUGUCCAGCUGGAGGAUGAAUUGCAGUCCCUGCAGCACUCCCAGCAAUGGUUAGAGGAGAAGGGGAACCAGCUGGCCCAGCGAGACAGUGAGCUGGCAACUGAAGCUCUCAGAGAGGUGGCACUGGUGAAGGCAACCUGGGAAAAUCUAAAAACAUUGAUAACAAAUAGGCAGGAGCAGAGCGGAGUUGUGGUCGACCUUCUGCGCUUGUUCCUCCAUCUGAAGACAAACAUCAACACAGUUGUGGAAAAUGCUCAGGCUGUUGCUAACAAUCUGCCUAACCACAACCAUAAUGCUCAGGAUGCCAGAAGUAUUUUCACACAGCAUGAAAAUGUCCAAGCCGAUCUGAGAGAAAAACAAGAUGACAUGGACCAGCUCAUCUCCACAGUCGAGGAACUGCAGAGAGAACUGGAGAAGGUUCCAAACUCGGAUAUGUUUUCUGUCCUGAAUGAAAUGGAGGCUCUCAGGGACCAGUGGCUGUUGAUCUCGGAGAAAAUUCUGACAAAUACAGAGAGGCUCGGCUACUGUGUGAAACUUUGGGAUGACUUAAAGACCAUGGAGCAGGACAUUAACCAGUGGAUGGCUGGGUCCAUCACCCAUCUCACUGACACCCUCGCCAAACUCAGUGACAAGGGGUCGGCAGAUGCCUGUCUUAACAACUUUCAGGCUGAGGUAGAACAGAAGGAGCAGAAGUUGGAUAUCCUGCAGGAGAGAUUGGCAAAACUAAAGGAACGAGCCAAACUGCAGGAGACGCCAAUACAAAUGCAGGUUCUGGAGUCGGAUCUGAGGAAAAAAAUGUUCCACGUGCAGGAGACUUACAACCAGGCCAAAAACACUCUGACCUACUUCGACUUCCAGAAGCAGCGACUUGAUGACUUGAUGUCCCAGAUGACCGAGCGGCUGGAGGCAGUGGAAGGAUCCUUGUCAGACCUCACUGAAGCUGGUUCCCUCGAAGAUAUUUGUACCGUGAAGGGCCUGCAGAGUGUUGUGCAGCAACAGAGGGCAGACAUGGACUCGGCUCAAGAUGCACUGACUUCCCUGAGCAGAUCACAUCCAUCUCAGGAGCUUUCAGUCCUGUCCUCUGAUCUCACCUCCAUUGCCAAGCGAACAGAGGUUGUUGCCCAACGCUGUGCCAAAACCAGGAGCAGCCUGCAGGAUGGAUUACAGCUUCACUUUAACGAGCUCGUCCAGGACUUUAGGUCCUGGCUUACAGAACUGAAGUUGGAGCUGAAAGACUGUUUUAAUCAAUCAGGAGAUGUUGUCCUCCUUGCAGCCAAGUUACAAAGACUGAAGAUCUCACUUGAGCAGAUGUCAGAGGGCGACGAGCGUCUCUCUCAGAUUCAAAAAGAAGCUGGGAAGCUCCAGCUCCACCUGACCAAAGUCGGAGCAGCACAGGUACAAGAAAGUCUUUCCUCCUGUCAGGAAGAGUGGAAGAGGUACCAGGACAGCUGCUCUCAGAGCCAGCAAGACUUGCAAGAGAGCAUUGGCCUUUUGAAAAAUUUUGAUGAUUGUGUGGAGAAUACAAGAGAUUGGCUGAAGAAGAUGGAUUUAGGCCUUAAGAGUGAGCCUGGCAUUGUGACAGAAAGCCAAAGAGGAGCCUCAGAUCCAACAGAAGAGCUGCAGAGAAUUGAGAACUUAAAUAAAGAUCUGAUAGCACAAAGGGAGUCUAUUGAGCGAGUCUGUCAGGAGGCCCAGGCUCUCUCUGAAUCCGGCCGGGGUUCGGGAGGAGAGGUCAGAGUGGCGGGCCAGCUCCAGAUGGAGUAUCAAGCCCUCCUGAAAGCAGCCAGGGAGAGUCUACGGGGAUGCCAGGAGAGCCAGGCCUUUGGAGACACCCUCCAGGGAGUUUGGGCCUGGCUGGAGGAGAUCCAAGAGAAACUGGGUACUGUAGACAGCACAAUUGGAACCAAAGAGCAAUUAGAGCAGCGACUGGAGACUGUGCAGGAUAUCCUGCUUUUGAAGGGAGAAGGGGAGGUAAAGCUGAACAUGGUGAUGGGUAAGGCUGAGCUCGCCCUCCGUAGCUAUGGAGUUAGUGGACAGGAAGUGGUCCACUCUCAGCUGCAGGAAGUGGAGGAUGCAUGGGCCACGCUGCUGGUUACCGCAAUGAGCUGCCACAGUCGAUUAGAGUGGACUGUGUCUCAGUGGGGGGGAUACCUCAAGAGUGCUGCUCAGCUGCAAAGUUGGAUGGAGGCUGUCAAGAGGGAGGUGUGCGCCCCACUCCCACCACAGCCAGGACCCAGAGAGAAGGCCUCCCAGUUAGAGAGACUCAGAGCCCUAAUGACUGACCUGGAAGACCACCAGAUGGCGCUUUCAAGCCUGGAAGAAAAAGCCAGAGAACUGUUCAAGAAGACUGAUGAUGCCAGCUUCAACCAUGGUGCUCGCACUCAGCUACAGGUGCAGUUUGAUCACCUCACAGCUUUGGUUGAGGAGAGAGUUCAUCUGGCCCAGGCAGUGGUGUUGGAGCACCAGGACUAUCUGGAGGCUAUUCGUGAGCUCACUGAUUGGCUGAUGUCUGCAGGGGAGGAGCUACAGCAUUGGUCUGAAACAUCAGGACACUCCACUUCCAUCCGAAAAAAACUGUCAGAAGUAAAAGAGCGUGUGAAGUGUCGACUCCUGGAGGGCCGAGAGCGCCUUAGCCGGGUCCGACGUAGCGCAGCGUCCACAGCGGAGCAUACUGCGGCGGGCGGCUGCGAGGCCAUGGACCGACAGCUUGGGGCUCUGUCACAUGCCCUGGAGCAGUGGGAGGGGGCGGCUUUGAGGGCCAGAGACAGCCUGGAGGGGGCCCUGGCUGCUGCCGAAGCUUCGGAAGAAGAGUACGACCAUCUGACUGCCUGUCUGGAGGAGAGGCUGAAGGAGUUUGAUGGACGUCUGAGGUGGUGGAGCCAGGAGCUGGUUAAAGCUGAGGGACGGAGUAGUGGCGAAGAGGCAGUUGAGGGAUGGAAGCUGGCUAAGGAAAUCCUGGAGGGCUUGCAGAGCGCUGAGCCGAUGGCAGAGAAGUUAAAAAGCCAGCUGAAUGACCUGGUGCGAUAUUCCAGGGAUCUAGGCUCGCAGUCAGACCAAGUCACUGCGAUAAUCAAACAGCACAACAGUCUCAGUCUCCGUGCAUCCAGAGAGUGUCACAAUAAGGAGCGCCUGUUGGAGCAGAGGUUUCGUGCAGCGCUGAGAGACUUCCAACAGUGGCUGGUCAAUGCCAAAAUCAGUACCGCCAAAUGCUUUGAUGUGCCACAGACUGUCAUAGAGGUCUCCACUGCUUUGCAGAGAAUCCAAGAGUUCUUGAGUGACAGGGAGAACGGCCAGGCCAGACUGAGUACAGUAGGGGCCAGCGGGGAGCUCCUGAUGGCCGUCUUGUCCAAAGAUAGAGUGGAGGGAAUCAAGGCCAAGGUGGCAAAUGCCCGGGAGGACUGGAGGAGCCUGAUGAAUAACCUGCAAAUGAGGGAAGAUGCUCUCAAGAACCUUCAGUCCCAGAUGACAGAGUUUGAAGCCAGUGCAGAGCCCCUUCAGGACUGGCUCAACAGCACAGAGUCCAGAGUCCAGGAGAGCAGCGCCCGACUACACGACCUGCCAACCAAGAAACAGGAGCUCAGCAAACUGAAGUCUGUGCUGGAGGAGAUGGCCAGUCAAGAGGUAAAGCUGGGCAAGCUGAGAGAUAAAGCUCAUCAUCUCUGGGAGGGACAAGCAGCUGGCAAGGGCUUCGUGCACAGAGUAUCUCAGCUGUCAGCGCAGUACCUUUCCCUCAGCAACCUAACCAAGGAUAAAGCCUCCAGGAUUGAACGCAUAGUUGGGGAGCACCAGCUCUUCUCCCAGGGGCUUAAAGAGCUUCAGGACUGGGUGUGUGAGGCACAGAGGGUCAUAAGCACGUGCACUUCCACAACUACGGACAAGAGUGUACUGGAGGACCGCAUGUUACAGCUGGAAGCAUUACUUGCAGCCCUUCAGGAGCGGGAAAUCCAGCUAAAAAUGCUCUUGACCCGGGGAGAGGCGGUCCAAAGGAAUACUUCAGCUGAGGGGGUCCCAGUAAUCCGUAAACAGAUCCAAGACCUCAAGGACUCGUGGGACUCAUUGCUUUCUGCCUCAAUUCAGUGUAAAAGUCAGCUGGAAGGAUCUCUGUCACAGUGGACCAGCUACCAGGAAGAUGUGGAGCAGUUUGUUCAGUGGAUGGAUCGAGUGGAAGAAACACUGAGCUGCUCAGACAGACAGUACUCGGAGAUGAGAGACAAAACCGCUAACCUGGGAAAGACAAAGCUUCUUUACGAGGAGGCUUUGAGUCAUAACAGUCCUCUAGAGACCAUUGCCACAAAAGGCUCCAACAUGGCAGAACAUUACGCAACCCAGCAGGAGGUGCAGCAGCUGCAGUGUAGAUACAACAUCCUGAAAGAAAAGGCUAAGAAUGCUGUUAGUAAGGCCAAGGAGCUGGUCAUGGUCCAUCAGGAAUAUCAACGAGGACUACAUGUGUUUGAGGACUGGCUGGAGCAGGAACAGGCAUCUCUGGCUUUGUUGUCUCAUCCAGAGGGAAAUGUGGACACAAUUGAAAAAACACUGCAGCAGCUACAGAGCCUACAGGAAAGCUGCUCAAAGGGCCACACUUUGUUGGCUUUGGUGCUGAGUAGCAGAGAAAGAGUUAUCCCCUGGGGCGCCCCUCAGAUUGAGGACCGAGCUCUGGACACCGCAAAACGAGAGUGGGCCUCCUACCAGAGCCGCCUGGAGGAGACUCAGGCCCAGCUGCACUCUAUGCUAACGAGACUGAGGCAGAUGGGUCACAGGUUCCUGAACCUAGCUCAGUGGCUGGAGGACACUGAGAAGAUGGCUAGCAUCAGAAGCAACCGGAGGUCGGACAGAAACACCAAGCAGAGUCAGCUUAAGAAACUCCAGGGGUAUCUCGAUGCGGUGCUCGCACGGCAGGGAGAAGUAGAUGGCCUCUCAUCUCUGGCCCAGCAGGUUCUGGAGGAAACCUACAUCAGUAGUCGUAUCAGUGUUACUGCCACCCAGCUGACCACCCGCUACCACUCCCUUCUGCUCAGCAUCCAGGAUACAAUCAAGCAGCUGCAGGAGGAGCUGAGGAGCAUGGAAGAGGCAGAAAACCUCUGCAUGUCAUUCAGCGAGUGGCUUGGCUUGACUCAGAAAAGCUUCACAACGCUGACUGAUCACUCUGAACCACUGGACCGGCAGGCCAUGGAGAGAAAGAUGAAGAAAUUAGAGAGCCUCCAGUCUGAUCUUCAGCAUGGCCACAACCUCCUGAAGUCCCUGAGGGAGCGUGCGGAGCAGGCAGCAGGCUUUCUGGACGAGGCUGGAGCUGAAGGUUUAGGAGCAGAAGUAGAAGCACGUCUCGCCCAGCUGGAAGAGCUUGCUGGGGGACUGAGGCAAGAGCGCAGCUUCCUGGAGCGAGCGUUACUGCUCGCAAAGGAGUUUCAGGACCGGUACAAGGCUCAGGUCCAGUGGCUUAUAGAGACCAGGGCUUUGCUCAGCACACCAGUGGAGCCCAAGGCUGAACUCUACCAGCGCAGAGCGCAGCUGGCCAAGUAUAAGGCUCUCUUACAGAUGGUUCAGUCCCAUGAUGGAUCCAUCAGGUCGGUGAUGGAGAAGGGAGAUGCGCUACUGGCUUCUGUCCACUACCCCUCCAUCAGAGACAAAAUGCAUAGAAUACAAAAGGACUACACUGCUCUCUGCAAUGCUGCAAUGGCUCAUGUGGAGAAUCUGGAAGGCCAGGUGAAGGAACAGGAAGCUUACCACAACGAGCUGCAGGAGGUGGAGCGCUGGCUGCUGCAGAUGUCCAGCAGGAUGGUGACUCCGGAUCCAAGCAUGAGCGUCAGCCUGGAGGCAGCAACUCAACAGCUGGCCAGGCACAAGGCCACCAUGGAGGAGAUUGCUGGUUUUGAGGAACGCUUGACAGCUCUAAGAGAGCAAGGAGAGGGCCUAGUGCAAGGCUGUAGUGACCGUGUGCAGAGCCGGCUAAGACAGCAGGUCCAGAUGCACCAACAAGGCAUCCGUGACAGCUACUCUGCCAUCUGCAGCACAGCGCAGAGGGUAUACCAGAGUCUGGAUCAUGAGCUGCAGAGACAUGUUAGUCUGCAGGACACACUGCAGCAGUGCCAGACGUGGUUAAGCUCUGUUGCAGAAAAACUACACCCACAUCCACAGCCAUCUCUCAGCCUCGAGGAAGCUCUCCAGCAGGUAAAGCAGGAGCGUGCUCUCCAGGAGCAGGCCAGCACGUACCUCCAGCUUGUGUGUUCAGCUUGUGACCUGUCAGAGCAGAGGGUCAGGGAGGUUGCUGCAGCUAUCCAGCAGAUCAAACUGCAGAUCGAAGAGCGCAUGCUUCUUUGUGAAGAGAUGGCAGACAACUGGAGGGACAUCGAGGAACAGAAGAUAGAUUUAGAAACCCGGCUUAGAGAGACGGAACAGCAACUUCAGAGCCUGAUCAGGAGACCUGCAGAGUUGGAGCCUAAGAUUGCACAAAACCAGCUGGACAAGGCACAGGAGUUCCUGCAGCAGAUUAGAGAGAGACAAUCAGAGGCAGCUCGUUUGAGUGAAGCCAUCAGCAGGUUGACGGACGGGCAGGUUUCUCCUGCCCUGGAGCAGAUAAGGAGGCUGAAAAGAGUCUGGAUAGAGCUGGGCCAGCAGGCUGAAGAGCUUGAAGCACAGCGGGGGGAGGACAUGCAGCGAAGUGGAGAGUACCAGGAGAGCGUAGUUGCUGUGGAAGAACUUUUCCAUCAAGUAUCAAGAGAAUGGGAUUACCUCGCCAGGGCUGACACUGAAAGUACAAGUGAGCAUCUAGAGGCUCUGAGGAAACUUGCCAGUGACCUAGAUGAACAGAAAGAAACCCUAGAAGACCUCAGGGAUCAGAGACAAGCUAUCCUGCCUCGACUAAGCCUGCUAGACAAGGAGCUGGUUAAACAGCAGGUGGGUCAUCUGGAGCAUCGCUGGGCCCAGCUGGAAAGCCUCAUUCUGCAGAAGAUUCAGGAGUCAGCACAAACUCUGGAGGAUCACUCGCGGGUGGAGGCUCAGCUGAGAGAUGCCAGGGAGUGGGUGGAGGAACAGCGGCCUGCUCUCACCUCUGUGCUGAGAACCAGCCCACCCCCAGAUCUGGCCCAGAGUUUCCUAUUUGACCAUCUUAGCAUUUGUGUAGAGCUGGAGGCCCGUCAGCAGCUGCUGGGUCAGGCGGUGAGUGAAGCACAGGCUGUGGCCUCCAGGCUGGGGCUGAGUGAGAAAAAAUGCUUACAGGAGCUUGUUAAGCAAGCCCAGAUGGAGGUGGAAGUUCUUGGUUCUCAGGUCGUGCAAAGGAGGAAGUACCUCAGUAAGGCCUUCACAGAGAGAACGCAGUUCCUCCAAGGAGUGGGGAGAGCCUUGUCAUGGGUAAAGCAGCAGGAAAGGAAGGCUUUGAUUGAAGACCAUAUUGCUCUUCUUCCUGAGGAUUUGACCAAACAAGUUGUUGCAUGUCGGAGCGUCCAGAGCGGCUUACGAGCCUACCAGAGAGAGAUGGCAUCGCUCUGGGUUCAAGGGAGAGAGUUAGAGAGAGACGCCACCGACAAAGAAAGAGCGGAAACACUGGCGAGACUUGAGGAGCUACAGUCAGCCUUUGAGACUGCUCUCCAAAGGACUACGCAGCGUGUCACAGGCUUAGAAAAAGCCUUGACUUCAAGAAAGUACUUCCAGGUUGACCUCGACAAGACCUGCCACUGGCUGAGACGGGCGGAUGCCAUAACAUUCCCCGAAAUCAACUUCAGCAGUGUUGAAGAGAGCUCAGAUUUACUAACACACCUGUCUAACUAUCAAAGUGUCUUAGAGCAGGCUUCGAAGUAUGAGAACCUCCUUCUCAUCGUCCAAAGAAUCGGUCAGGAGAUCCUCCCUACUCUAAAUGAAAUCGACCAUUGCUACCUGGAUGAGCGACUCAAUGCUCUGCCUCAGCAAUACAAUGCCAUCCUAGCUCUUGCCAAAGAGAAGAAAGACAGAGUCCAGCAGAUCAUCCAGGAGAGAAAAGAAUUCAGCUCGUUCUUUGUAAUCACUCGCAGUGCACUGGAGGAACUGCAAAAGCAAUUUGACAAUCUUGAGAAGCAGACUAUCAACGUAAGAGAGGAUGAUGUUGUCAGUUUGAUGAAUGAAUAUAAACGUAUUGAUGAAAGUUUGGUUCAUAUCAGUCCUGCUGUUGGAGAACUUUAUGGGAAAACCCAGGGCUUUUUAAUCAGGGGUUAUCAAUUCAAAGCUGAGGAGACUCAGCAGCUGGUCAUGCUCCACAGCACACUGAAGAGAAGAAAUGACCAGAAGAUCAAACAUCUUAAUGAUUGCUUGAAAAAUGUAGCUGAACAUAACAGGGUGGUGUCCAGACUAGAUGAAGAGAUUAACUCUGUUAAAGAGGGGUUGAUCGAAGUAAAGUCAAAUAAAGAAUAUGGUGCUUUUGAUAAAUUAUCGAACCUUUAUCUGCUGCUGGGAAGUUUAGAUGGAGUGAGAUCUCAGGUAGAAGAAUGUUAUAAACACAUAGAAAAUCUUGAUCUGAAAUUUCACAAUACUACCUUCCAGGAAACUAAACUUCAGCUCAAGUUUUUGCAGUCUUUACAGAGUGAUAUUAAAUCUUUAGUUGAAGAAAGUGAAACAGGAGUCACAAAGAAAGAGGAUUUCGCAAGAGAGGCUGGGAAAAUGUCAGACUGGCUGAAGACUGUCGAGGAAAAACUGAAGGAGCCUUUGAUAAUCUCCGGGGUUAAAGCUGAGCGGAUAAAUGAAGAGAAGCAGAAACUUCAAAUCACUGAGGGGGAAGUGAGGAGUAGAAUGAAGGUGGUCGUUGUCUUGGGUGUAAGAGAAAGGCAAAAGUAUGAAAGUAAGAGAGAAACUGUUCCUUCCAAAAUAGAGGACAAAAUACAGGAGCUUGAGAAGCUGGGAGCCAAGGUUCAACAAGAAAUGUGUACUAAAAAGCUGGCACUGGAUCAAGCUCUCGCUGUGGUCCAGAGGCACCACUUAUCUCUGCAGUCCAUGCAGAAAUGGCUGGACAAAAUCACAACUUUGCUCCAUGAGACCAGAUUGGGUGUGGAGAUUGAGUUCCACAAAGACUGUAUGCGAGAUCUGGAAAUAAUUUUAGCCCAGGAGACGCAUUUCACAACUUCGUCAGAAGAGAUUAAGACCCUGGAUCCUCUAUUGGUUGAUUUAGUGGAGGGAGGAGUAUUGAAACAGAUCAGAAAGAAGAUUCAGUCGAUGCAGCAGAUGAAGAACGAAGUCAAACAGCAAGUUGAUGUUUACAGAGAAGUACUACAGAGAUGUGGUACUUUAUGGAGCUCCUUUCAACAUGCAAAAGAGAUGCUGGUUAAACAGAUGGAUGCUUUGGAAAGCGAGCUGUCAAAGUUCACAACAGCAAAAGCUCUUAGUAUCCAUCAGGCAGAGGACAAGUGUCGAAGACAAGAGUCUCUAGUGACUCAGAUUGACAUGCUGGAGCUGCCUCUGAAUGCUUUAAAGGAGAGUGCUGCAGAGCUGGAUCAAAUCAUCUCCGAAUCCAGCAGAGUUCUUACCAGUCACGUUGUGUCGUCGCUAUGGCAACGGUGGGCACGGCUCCGGAGCGUGGUCAAAGCCCAGGAGAGGGCGCUGGAGGACACUUCGAGGGACUGGAGGAACUUCAUCGAAAAGAUGGAGAAGGUCAGCUCCGUGUCCAAAGACCUCCACGGCCGUGUGCCAGACAGCACGGUUGAAAAGGCAGCCACGAGGGCGGCGCUUCAGAGCUUGCUGGAAUACCACGACUCCUUCAGCCAGGAGGUGGAGAGGGAGCAGGCCACACUGGCCCUGUUGGUGCAACAAGCCCGCUGUCUUAGAGGAGAGGCUGAGAAGGAGGUGAUGAUGGAGAAGAGGACAGAGAAUGGACAUGAAGACACACCGUGCCUGCAGAAGAUCAGAUGCAUGCAGGAACAAUAUGACCGCCUGCUGUUGCAGGUACGUGCCAGCAGAACUCAGGUACACCAGGAGCUAAGGGAGAGAGAAGAGGUAGAGAAGGAGCUUGGCUUAGUUAAAGGCUGGAUCCAAGACACCCGGGGCUUGUUGCUGAGUCCUACGGCAGACCUAGACUCGCUUCUGCAUGAGCUGGAGACUGCACAUGGCGAGGUCAUCAGCAGGCGUCGAAGUGUUGAGCGCAUGACGGAGUUGCAGCAGUCCAAGUACCAGGACCUUCAAGCUGAUCUGCCCUCAGAGCUCAGCAUGCAGUUAGCUGAGGUUGCUCUUGCUUUGGGUUCUGCUGAAGAUCAGGUUCAGGCAAGGGAAAGGGAGGUGCAGCAGACCAGGGAUGUGAAGGAGGACUUCAGCUACAGGCUUCAGGACAUUGAGACAAAGCUGAAGAUCAUCACAGUAAAACUGGAAGAGAAGAGCACAGACAUGGAGGAGGCCAAGAAAGAGAUCAAAGCUCUUUGUGAAGAGUGUGAGUCCUGUGGCAGCUCUCUGGCAGAGUUAGGAGUAGCUGUUCAGGAGUUCGGAGAGCAGAACCCUCUGCUGUGUAAGCAGCUCAGUGAUGCUGUGGUGAAACUAACAGAGCUUCAGCGUCAAACCGCACAGCAGACUCAGGACAAAGUCAAGAGACUCAAGAAGGCAGAGAGACUUGCAGAAGAAUAUCACAGCAUGAAGGCUUUCAUCUUGGCCUGGAUAGAAAAAGCAGAGGAUCUGAUCUCUGGUAACAUUAUAUGGAGCUCUGCGACCCAGCUGCAGGAGCAAAUUCGUGCGCACCAGGCGUUGCUGAGGGAGUGUCGUGGUCUCCAUGGCGACUUGGAGGCCAUGGGGGAGAGGGAGGGGCAGCUGGCGAACGUGUUGCAGAUGGAGCGAUGGAGCCAGCAGGUGAAACACCUCAGCAGACGCACAGAGGAGCUGCAGCAAUCCACCAAGACCCGCUUCCAGAGUCUACAGGAUGCAGCUAAGGACAUGUUGCGUCUCGAGGCGGAGGUGAAGAGCCUGCAUGCUGUUGUUGAUCAGAUCCAGGUCGCGCUCGCUUCUCCUGAUCUCAACAAGCUCAGCCUCAGGGAGCAGCUCACACAGCGCCAGCUUCUCCUGAUGGAUAUGGAGAGCUUUAAGCAGCAGGUGGCUGCAGUACAGCAGUGUCAGAGCGCCCUCCGGCUACCUGAGGAGGUAGUGGCCAGCCUGCCUAUCUGCCGCACAGCUCAGUCUCUGCAGCAAGAGGCCAGUCAUCUGCAGCAUACCACCAUCCAGCAGUGCAACAUCCUGCAGGAGGCGGUGGUUCAGUACGACCAGUAUGAACAGGAAGUAAGGAAUCUCCAGAGAUUAAUCGAGGAUGCUCACCGCAUCAUUCAGGACAGGCCCGUUGCCACCAACAACAUCCAGGAGCUUCAGGCUCAGAUUCACCACCAUGAGGAGCUGAACCAAAAGAUCCGUGGCUACCAGGAGCAGAUCGCCUCUCUCCACUCCAAGUGCAAGAUGCUGACAGUGAAGGCCAAGCACGCCACCAUGCUCCUGACCGUCACCGAGGUGGAGGGCCUGUCUGACGGCAUGGAGGAGCUGAGCGAUGAGGAGCUGGCCAGCGUUGUGGGAAACACCGGCUUCUCUGCCAGCAAGCAGCUUCCAGCCCAUCCCUCUGUCAUUAUGAUGACAGCCGGGCGCUGCCACACGCUCCUCUCCCCCGUGACAGAGGAGUCAGGGGAGGAGGGCACCAACAGCGAGGUCUCCUCACCCCUUGCCUGCCGCUCCCCCUCUCCAGGGGCUAACACUGCUGGCAUUCCUCUUAACCAGAGUCGAGGUGCCCUCAGCAGAGCGCCGCUCCAGGACCUGUACGACCCAUCCAUGGAGACAAGUGCUGCUAACUUGGACGAUCUGCAGAGAUCCUGGGAAACACUCAAGAAUGUGAUAAGUGAGAAGCAGAAGAGCCUGUAUGAAGCCCUAGAGAGGCAGCAACAUUAUCAGGAAUCCCUCCAGUCCAUUUCCACCAAGAUGGAGUCCAUCGAAGGGGCACUGAAUGAGGGCCUGGAGCCUAACAAGACCCCUGAGAGCCAAAUGGCAGCCCACCAGGCUCUUAUGGAUGAGAUCCUGAUGCUGCAGGAUGAGAUCGGUGAGCUGCAGACGUGUUUCUCUGAGGAACUGGCAGACAACGACGGUGAUGGGAAGGCUGGGGACCAAAUGGCCCUGAGGUCGACUCUAACCGUACUGGGAGAAAGGAUGGCUACUAUUCGCAUGAAGGCAUCCGGAAAACGGCAGCUGCUGGAGGAGAAACUGAGUGAACAGCUUGAGGAGCAGAGACAGGAGCAGGCGCUGCAGCGGUACCACAGCGAGGCAGAGGAGCUGGACCACUGGCUUCUAAGCACUCGUGCCACUCUCAGCUCUGCCCUUCAGCCCCAAAAUGAAGACAUGGACAUGGAGGAGCAGCUCAUCGACUGUCAGAACAUGCUCUUUGAGAUCGAGCAGAAGGUUUCCUACCUCUCAGAGCUGUCUGUCCACAGCGAAAGCUUGCUGUUGGAGGGUCGUGCUGAAACCAAGGAAGAGGCGGAGCAGCUGACCUUCAAACUGCGCUCCCUCAAAGACAGCCUGCUGGAGUUGCAGCAGAUGCUGCAGGACAAGCAGGUCGAUAUACAGGGAUCAUUACAGGAGCAGGAGGAUAGUGAACCAGACUCCUCACUGUCACAGAGUCCAAAUGUCCAGGACUGGUUAUCUCAGGCCCGCUCAACACGCUCCCAGCAGCACCAUGACAAUCUGCUGAGACAGAGGGAGCUGCAGGAGCAAGUAGAGAAGCAGAGGAAGCUGCUGCAAUCUGUAGCCAGUGUCGGGGAAGAGUUAUUUAGUCAACACGGGACAACUAAUGGAGAAAGUGAGGAGUCUGUCCCUGGUGGAGUGCUGCUGGAGACUGAAACCUUGUCUCCGCUGGAUCAGCUGAGGCAAAGAUGGGAAAUACUGAAUAAAGAUCAGAGCACAAAGUUACAGCUCUCCCUUAGCUCCCUGGAACAAGACCAGCUCAGUCCGGUCCUUCACCGGUCCUGUCUGUCCAGUCCAAAUGUGGUUUUGCGAAUCGAGGCUCCCAACUGGGACCCUGGGUCACCCAGAGCAUUGUUUGAGGCCUGCUGCCAAAUGCUAGAAAGCAUCAAAGAAGAGGCAGCAGGCAGUGACAGUAAGCUUGCAGCAUUGUUUGGAUCAGAAAGAGUCCAGCAGGAUCUGUAUGCCGCAGUAUCAGCAGCCUCCACCUGGUUGGAUUCAGCAGAGAAUCACCUGCUUUCUGGUCCUGUGCUGCUGUCUGUGGAUACAGAGUCUCAGCUUACAAACCUGGAGGCUCUGAGUAAGCAGCUAAAGGAGAUAACAAGACAGGUGAACCAGUGCAGAGAUCUGCUGGGAGGAGGUACAGACCGGCUGUAUGGAGGAGAAGAGCGGGCCUUGAUGGAGGACACGUUGGAGGGCCUGCAGGAGAGAAUGGGCCUCCUGCACUCUGCUCUAGAACAACAUUGUGAAAGCAUGAGAGGAACACUGCAGGAACACUCUUCUUUCCAGAAUGAGCUAAGAAUGAUGUUCACAGCCCUGACUGAAAAUAAACAUCAGUUACUACAAAAGAUGGCUGAAACUACAGACAAAGCUGCGAGCAAACAGUUGGAGACAUUGGCAGAAGUGGAGGACAGCCUCAGGGAGCUUGAGCAGAAAGUGGCAGAGCUGAGGAGCCGAGCAGAGAGACUCCGAUCAGACCAAACCUCCAACCAGGAGCUGCUAAAACUACAAGAUGCCUAUGAGGAGCUGGUGCUCAUGGUGGGUUCCAGGCGGAGCAGCCUGAACCACAGCUUGUCUCUGAAGACUCAGUAUGAAGCUGCGCUUCGUGACCUCACCGACCUGAUCGACACCGCUCAGGACAAGAUGGCUGCCGACCAGAAGAUGACCGUCGCUUCUGUCAUCGAGGUCCAGAUGCUGCUAGACAAACACAAAGAGUUUUUUCAGGGACUGGAAUGCCAUUUGAUUCUCACCCAGACAUUUUAUGGAAAAGUUUCCAGUCUGGUUGCGCAGAAGGGAAGCCAAGGCCUGGAGGAGACCAUAACUUUAGCCCACAAUGUGCUAAAACAAGCACACAGGAGGGGAGUGGAGUUAGAGGGCAUCUUGGAGUCCUGGAGCAGGCUCAUGGACGAUUAUCAGGCUUUGUGCAGACAGUUGGAGGCUGUAGAGUGUAGCAUCCCAACUGUGGGUCUUGUUGAGGAGACAGGGGAGAGACUUCUUGAGAGAAUCAGUCUCUAUCAGCGUCUGAAGGCGAGCCUAACAGAACAUCAGCCCCAACUGUACCAAGUUCUGGAGGAGGGUAAGAGGCUUCUUCUGUCUGUGAGCUGCUCCGAUCUGGAGAACCAGCUCACACAACUGGGAGAACACUGGCUCUCCUCCACCACUAAAGUCAACAAAGAACUGCACCGUCUCGACUCGACGCUCAAACACUGGAGCAGGUACCAGAGUGAAUCAGCAGAGCUGAGGCACUGGCUGCAAUCCGCCCUCGACAGGCUGGAGUUCUGGACAACCCAGUCAGUCACGGUACCUCAGGAGCUGGAGACUGUUAGAGACCACCUCUGGGCCUUCCUGGAGUUUUCAAAAGAGGUGGAUGCUAAGUCGUCAUUACGUUCGUCUGUGCUGAGCACAGGCAACCAGCUUCUGCGACUGAAAAGAGUCGACACUGCUGGCUUGAGGACAGCAAUGGGCCAGGUUGACACUCAGUGGGCUGAGCUGCUCACUCAUAUCCCUGUUGUGCAAGAGAAACUGCAUCAGUUGCAAAUGGAAAAGCUUGCAUCAAGGCAUGCUAUCACAGAGCUGAUGAGCUGGAUCACCCUCAUGGAGACCAUCAUAGAGGAAGAUCAGGACAAGAUAAUGGGGGCCGUGGGCUCAGACAUGGUCCAGAACUUCCUGCAAAAGUACAAGGGUUUCAGCAUAGAUCUGACCUGUAAGCAGUUGACUGUUGACUUUGUAAACCAGUCGGUGCUGCAGAUCAGCAGUCAGGAUGUGGAAGGAAAGCGCAGUGACAAAACAGACUUUGCUGAGAAGCUGGGAGCAAUGAACAGAAGAUGGCAGAUACUGCAGGGGCUCAUCGCUGAGAAGAUUCAGAUAUUGGAAGGACUUUUGGAACGUUGGUUAGAGCAUGAAAAUGGAGUUCAGGCAUUGAGGACUUGGCUCACACUUCAGGAGGAGAAACUAAAGAAGAAACACAGGAUAGAGGAUGUAGCAUCAGUGCAGAAUGCACUCAAAGACUGUCAGGAGUGGGAGCAAUUAGUGAAGGAAAAAGAGAAGGAUCUGGAGAAAGCAGAGGAAAGAGGACACGCUCUCAUCCAAGAUAAGAAAGGAGAUGCCUGCUAUGUUGUGAAGGAAACCCUUAAAGGGCUGAACCAGUCCUGGGCUCAUUUGGACCACAUGAUCAGUCAGAUAAAGGUGAAUUUGCGGACAGUUCUGGAUCAGUGGAUUCUGUACCGGCGAGCUUCAGAGGAGAUUAAUGGUUACCUGAUGGAGGGGAGAUAUUCUGUGUCCAGGCUGCACCUUCUUAAUGGGUCUUUAGAGGCGGUACAGCAGCAGGCGGAAAGUCUGGAGAGCCUGCAGGAGGAGAUGGAUAAACAGGAGAGCAGUUUGAGAAAGUUUGGCUCCAUAACACAUCAGCUGCUGACCGAGAGUCACCCAUCUGUGGCUGAAAGGCUCACCAGAGCGCUCCAGGAUGUUAACGCCAGGUGGAAUCAUCUACUCGAGCAGAUCUCCGAGCAGCUGAGGAGCAGUAAGUCCUUGCUGGGUUUGUGGCAACGCUACAGAUCAUUGUACAGCCAGUGUGUGAAGGAGGUUCAGAAGCAGGAAGAACGGGCAGAUCGUCUGCUGAGGAGCGCCACUGACAGGGAAAUCACAGAGGAGGAGAGUAGGACCUGGAUAAAGGAUUGCAACGAUUGCCUCAAUGACCAAGACUCAGUACAACAGUCCCUCCAACAGCUGCAGGCGUUAGAGGAGCAGCUGAAGAGCCAAGUCGACGCCUCCAUCUCGGCAUCCCUCAAAUCUGACCAUCUGCAGCUCUCCCAUCGCUUGGUAGCACUGGAGCACACCCUGCACAGGCAACAAGAAGUACUGCAGUGUGAAUCCCAAGCCUGUGAGGGAUUCAGAGAGCAGCUGGAUGCAUUGAUAUGUAAGGCAAAAGAGGCGGAGGAGGUGCUGAAGGAAUAUGACCCAGUCGGUUCACCAGACCUCACUGUGGUCCAGACAUGCAUAGAAAAACUCAAGGUGCAUCUCCUGAAGCUAAGUAGUCUAUCUCCAGACUUAGAGCGCAUCAACGAGUUGGUGUACAGACUACCAGUCAGUGACAGAGAUGUUAAACGGCUCCAGAAUCUCAACAGAGCCUGGGCUGCUCACUCCGCUCACCUCACAGAGAGGUUUAGUAAACUGCAGUCAGUGUUGCUGCAGCAGCAGAGUUUCCUCCAGAAAUGUGAAGCCUGGAUGGAUUUCCUCUCUCAGACUGAACAGAAACUGGCUGCAGAGAUUUCAGGCAACUACCAGAGUCUGUUGGAGCAACAGAGAGACCACGAGUUGUUCCAGGCAGAGAUGUUCAGCAGACAGCAGAUCCUUUACUCCAUCAUCAGCGACGGCCAUCGGCUGUUGGACCUGGGUCAAGUGGAUGACAGUAAUGACUUUAGUGUGAAACUGGCUCUGCUGAGCAAUCAGUGGCAGUGUGUGGUGAGGCGGGCUCAGCAGUGGAGAGGUAUCAUCGAUGGUCUGGUGCGACAGUGGCUGAACUACCAGGAGAUGUCAGAGAAGCUGCAACGGUGGCUGCAGGAGUUGACUCAUGAUCCUGAUGUGCAUCAGCCAGGAGAACCCGUGGCACUGCAGGAGGCCCGAAGCCUGCUGGGCCAAAUACAGCUCAGGGAGCGAGUGCUUCAGAGGCAGCAAGGAGUCUACAUCCUGACGGUGGAGGCCGGCAGGAGCCUGCUGCUGACGGCUGAUGCCAGGGCAGAGUCCACUCUGCAGACAGAGCUCAUGGAGAUUCAGGACAGGUGGAGGCAUGCCCACCACCACCUGGAUCAGCAGAAGAGGGAGCUGCAUGGCUUGCUUAAGAACUGGGAGCGAUGCGAGAAGGGUAUCGACGUGUCACUGGAGAAGCUGCGGGGCUUUAAGAGAAAGCUGUCGGUACCACUGCCGGAGCAUCAUGAGGAACUUCACUCUGAGCAAAUCAGGUGCAAGGAGCUGGAGAGCAGUGUGGAAGGAUGGAUUGAUGACCUUACUUCCUUGUUUCUGCUGAGGGAUUCCUUAGAGGGUUUGGUCAGCGCAGAUGAUGUCACAGUCUUACAGGAACGCCUGCAGCUGCUGCAGCGCCAGUGGGAGGAGGUUUGCCACCAGCUGUCCCUGCGCAGGCAGCAGGUGAGCGAGAAGUUGAAUGAGUGGGCCAUUUUCAAUGAGAAGAACAAGGAGCUGUGUGAGUGGCUCACACAGAUGGAGAGCAAAGUCUCUCAGAAUGGAGACAUCAGUAUUGAAGAGAUGAUUGAAAAGCUACGCAAGGACUAUCAAGAGGAGAUCAGCGUCGCUCAGGAAAACAAACAGCAGCUUCAAACGAUGGGCGAGCGCCUGGCCAGAGCCAGCCAGGACAGCAAGGCUGCCGAGAUCCAGCACAAACUCACCAAAGUCAGCGAGCGCUGGCAGCACCUGCUGGACCUUAUUGCAGCCAGGGUGAAAAAGCUCCGGGAGACCCUGGUGGCAGUGCAGCAGUUGGACAAAAACAUGAGCAGCCUUCGUUCUUGGCUCUCCAACAUUGAGACCGAGCUCUCCAGGCCGAUCGUCUACGAAACCUGUAACAAGCUGGAGAUUCAGAGGAAGCUCAACCAACAGCAGGACCUGCAGCGGGACAUCGAGAAACACAGCACAGGUGUGGCGUCAGUGUUGAACCUGUGUGAAGUCCUGCUGCAUGACUGUGAUGCCUGUUCCACAGAGACGGAGUGUGACUCCAUCCAGCAGGCAACCAGAGGCCUCGACAGACGCUGGAGGAACAUCUGCGCCAUGUCCAUGGAGAGGAGGCUCAAAAUUGAGGAGACGUGGAGGCUGUGGCAGAAGUUUCUGGAUGAUUACUCCAGGUUUGAGGUUUGGCUGAAAACGUCAGAGAAAACCGCAGCCCUGCCCAACUCUUCUGGUGUUCUCUAUACUGUUGCUAAGGAGGAGCUGAAGAAAUUUGAGGCUUUCCAGCGCCAGGUGCAGGAAUGUCUGACCCAGCUAGAGCUCAUCAACAAGCAGUACCGUCGCCUGGCCCGUGAGAACCGUACAGACUCCUCCCACCGUCUUAGAGAAAUGGUGCAUGAUGGGAACAGGCGAUGGGAUAACUUACAGAAAAGGGUGGCUGCCAUCCUUCGCAGACUUAAGCAUUUCAUCAGCCAGCGGGAGGAGUUUGAGACGGCACGGGACAGCAUCCUGGUCUGGCUCACUGAGAUGGACCUCCAGUUAACCAACAUUGAGCACUUUUCUGAGUGUGACGUGCAGGCCAAAAUAAAGCAGCUCAGAGCGUUCCAGCAGGAGAUUUAUCUGAACACAGCAAAGAUAGAGCUGGUGUUUCGGCAGGGUGAAGCUCUGAUCGAGAAGAGUGAACCUCUGGAUGCUGCCGUCAUUGAGGAGGAGCUGGAGGAGCUGCAGAGAUACUGUCAGGAGGUGUUCGGGCGAGUUGACAGAUAUUACAAGAAGCUUACAAGACUGCCUCUGGCGGAUGAUGAGCUCGACGGCUCAGACAGAGAAUUGGAUGUGGAAGAAGGCGGAGACUUCUUUGAGCUGCAGUGGGACGAGUCUCCCAUCCCACGGCCAUCAAGCCGACCACCCUCGGGCACGGCGGCACUGAUCCGGGCAGACCGCUCCGGCCGAGACACCCCAGCAAGCGUGGACUCCAUUCCCUUAGAGUGGGACCACGACUACGACCUCAGCCGAGGCCUGGAGAGUCCUGGAGGGCGGGCUAAUACGGAGAGGAGCCGAAGCCACGGGGAAGAGGAUGAAUAUCUGAGGACAAGCACCACUGUGCUGUCAGGUGAGCCAGGGCAGCUAGAGGCCAGUCUGAGGCAGCUGGACCAGGCUCUGGAUGCAAGCCGGUACCACCUGCAGCAGAGAGAGGCCUCUGCCAACUGUUCCAGCCCAGACUCCACAUACAUGGGCUAUAUGCGUCUGAUGGGAGAGUGUCGCGGCAGCAUUGACGCAGUUAAAAGAGCAGAGGACGAGCUGACUAAAGAUGAGGAUGACAUGCCAGGACUCACCAACCCGACCAGCGCAGAGAUGCAGAGCGCAGGUGUGAUUGAACGCUGGGAGCUGAUCCAGGCUCAGUCACUGAGUGAGAAGCACAGACAAAAACAGAACCUGCAGCAGUGGCAGCAGCUGAUCUCAGAUCUUCAGACAAUGAGGGCCUGGCUGGGUCAGUCGGAGGCCGAGCUCAGCCAGCUGCGAGGGCUGGACGUCAGCACCAACAUUCACACCAUCCAGCAGAGGAUCAAGAAGCUCAAGGAGCUGCAGAAAGGGAUGGAGGCCCACAAGUCAGAGGUCCUGUCCAUAAACCUAAGCAGUGCAGACUUCCUCCAGUCAGAGCUCGAUUCUGAGGAGGCCUGGGAACUGAGGGAUCAGCUGAAGGAGAUAAACUCGCGCUGGGAUCGGCUUGGUACCUCGCUCGAAGACUGGAGGGAGGAACUGCAGAGGGCGCUAAUGCAGUGCCAGGAGUUUCACGAGAUGAGUCAUGGUCUGCUGCUGUGGUUGGAGAACAUCGACCGCAGAAGGAACGAGGUGUUGCCCAUCUCUCAGAUAGCUGAUUAUAAAACAUUACGACAUCAUCACAAAUCACUGAUGAAAAUCAAGUGUGAGCUAUUGGACUCGCAGCAGAAGGCUUCUUCCCUUCAGGACCUGUCCACUCAGCUGCUGGUCAACACGAAGCCUCAGACACCGCAGACAUCAGAGCAAAACCAUUCCCAGGGCAGUGAGUGUCUAGAGGCCCGGGAAAAGGUCCAUGUUAUCUGGAACAGGCUGAGACUCCUUCAGAGGGAGGUCAGCUCAGACCUGGAGCUACUGGAGAAGAGACUGGAGGCCAUGGAGGUGCAACAGGAUUACCUGUCAGGUUCUUCUGGAAAAUCUCAGAUCCAUGGAUCUGCUAGUCCCAGGACAGAAAAGACCAUUCAAAGGCGAAAACAAUUGCCUCGAAGCAAAAGUAGUCAGGCCCACCCAGGACACUCUGAGAGCGGCCCGCGCCACAGCCUGAGCAGAUCGCCAGGCGCCGCUGGCUGCGUUUCCUCCCGUUCUGACCUUCCAGACGGCAUCUCCUCUCAGUACUCCUCCUCAAACUACCAGUCCUUCCUGCUACGGGUCUUCAGGGCCGCACUCCCCGUCCAGCUGCUUCUGCUGCUCCUCAUCGGCCUGGCCUGCCUCGUUCCCAUGACUGAGGAGGACUAUAGUUGCCACCAUGCCAACAACUUCGCCCGCUCCUUCCAUCCGAUGCUGCGCUACACCAACGGACCUCCGCCCAUAUGAGCAGCUUGAUAUCAUCUACCUACUUCUUUGCCAAGGACUCCUUUGAAUGUUUCCUCUUCACUGUGUGCCCUCAAGCAGAAAACUCUUCAACCUGCAUAAUGAAGCAUUUCUCCCAUUAAUGUUGCACACCCCUCAACCCUUUAAAUAACCUGACCUUCACCCGGACAAUGCUCUUCCUCAGUCCAAAUAUUUCUGUUUUAACUUAAAUGUGUAUAUUUUUUUUUAAAGAUACGUGAAUCAUUUAAACGAACAAAGCACUAUUUAUAUACUCUACGUCAGGAGCCAAAGUUAGCCAUGCUUUUUGUCCAUGAUACCCAGUGCUGCUAGUAUUUAUUUAGUGUUCAAUCAGCUGGAAGCUGAUUUAGUUCAAGCCUCACCUCCAGUGUGGGAUAUUUGUACCUGUAAAUUGUAGAGUAACCUUGCAGUUUGAGUAGCAAUGAUUCAGUCUCUUGGUGUGAAGAGUUUCAUUCCAAAAUGACACAUCUGAAGAUCUUCUCAGACAUAAUAGUAAAAAACUGACUGAAAUGGCACAGAAACCCCUCUGAAGAUUGGGGUGUAGCGUAGUAUUACUGUUCAAAAAUAACUUGACUGACUCUGAAAAUGAAGAUUUAACAUGUUAAAGCAAAAAAAAAAAGAUUGUUUUUAAGCACUGUAAAAAAAAAAAAAGGUACAGCACUGAAGCCCUCCAGUAAAGCUAAGGCUUGCAUCCCUUUUUUAAGCUCAGAAGAAUUACAAAUUUGCUUUCUUAAUUAAAAAAUAUAUCACUUGCUUUGUAAAUUAUUGUUUAAAAGGCCUUUUUUGUAUCUUUCUGUUUGAGCAUGCACUUGAAGGUUUCCUGCAUUUAACAAAGCCAAACAAUCACUGGAAGUGUUUUAGUAGAUGGCUGUGACAUGGUAAAGUGUGCUUUGUAAUAACCAUCUAAUUACUCAAGAAACACUGCAUUGUUAAAACAAAUUCUGUAAAAACAAACAAAAAAAAGAUAUGAAAAUUGUUAUUUAUGUAUGUACAGUUUGCUAAUUGGAAGAUUACUCUCUUUUGCAAAUAAUAAAACAUGAAGUAUUUA